AUGUCUCGCACUUCCUCGUCGGCUUCGCCGAUAUGGCAUCAGUUCGAGCGGAAGAUCGACGAGGUCAAGCCAUCCAAAACUGAUAUCAACUACUUGGUUAUGGACUACCUCAUUACCAAUGGUUAUCCCGCAGCGGCAAAUAAAUUUGCUGUCGAAGCCAACAUCCAACUCCGGACGGAUUCGGAAUCCAUUCAGGAACGGGUUGAUAUUCGGACUGCCAUCCACUCGGGGGAUAUCCAGGCAGCCGUUGAGAAAAUCAACGAGCUGAAUCCUCAGAUUUUGGAUGAAGACCCAUCACUACACUUUUCGCUGCUGCGUCUGCAGCUGGUAGAACUAAUACGUACCUGCACAGACACUCCGGAUGGCGAUAUCAGCCCUGCUCUCGAGUUUGCAACCUCGCAACUAGCACCGCGGGCCCCAACCAACCCGAAGUUCCUGGAGGACCUGGAGCGAACUCUUGCGCUACUGAUAUUUCCCUCCGAUAACCUUGCCCCUUCUCUCGCCUCUCUUCUAGACCCAAGCCUCCGUAAAGACAUUGCUCAGCGAGUCAAUGAGGCUAUCCUGCAGAGCCAGGGUGCUCGUAAAGAAGCACGCCUCCGCAACCUUGUCAAACUCCGGGCGUUCGCUGAGAACAAGGCCCGCAGUGCGAAGAAGGACAUCCCGGAGAAGUUGGAUAUUGGUCUCGUUAGCGAUUCUCAUGAAAGCAACAAUCCGACCAGUAACAAUAGUAAUCAAGACAGCAACGGUGCCAGCCAAAAUGGCUCAGGUGAUACCGUGAUGGUCAAUAAUGGCGAUGCCGAUGCCAUGGUUGUAUGA